AUGGGCGAAGGCCCAAUUAGUACCGAAGAUGGAUGGGAAUAUCGUCUAUUUACGGUAUCAUUAAUUUUGGCUAAUAAGAUCCUGGAUGACCACAGCUAUACUAACAAAACUUGGUCUCAAGUCACAACGAUUCCUUUGUUGGAGUUAAAUCAAGCGGAACAAGAGUUCCUAAAAAAUUGUGGCUAUGAACUUUACCCGCAAAAGGCUCGAGUGCCACCAGGAAUGAAUCUACCCGGUAUUGCAUAUCUCUUGGAACGUUCACAAUCACAAGAUCGUAAUUAUGACUUGUUCGGCAAUGAUAAUCAAACUAGAGUACAACAAUCACAAGAUCGUAAUUAUGACUUGUUCGGCAAUGAUAAUCAAACUAAAGUACAACAAUCACAAGAUCGUAAUUAUGACUUGUUCGGCAAUGAUAACCAAACUAGAGUACAAAGGGAUCGUUAUCGUCCAGGUCCAGGUGUAAUUCAACGUCCUGUUAGAGCAAUUGCUCAAGAUCAAUCAACCCAUAGAAAUGAAGGUUCUUCUGCUCAUUCUUCAACUUCUGGGCAUAAAGUUGCAGCAAUCAGUUUUAUCCUCAACAAUCAAGAUGAUGACGGUAUUGGCAAUAUCGAUAACAGUACCACACGAUAUUCUUCUGGUCAAAACUCACAAGAUCAAUCCAUUGGCAGUAGCUAUGAUCUUUUUGGUAAUGGCGAUAGAUUAAUCUCGAUCAACAAUCUCCUCAACAAUCGCACUGAUGACAAAAUUAGAAACAACAAUUAUUCCGAUCAAAGUUUUGCAGAGCCUGUUUUUCAAGAUCAACUUUCCAGUAAUAAUGGUAGUGGUUAUAGUUUAACUUCUAUCGACUACAUACUCAAUGACAGCAGUUCCGUUCAACAACCUGUUUCUCAAGAUCAACUUGACAGCAAUUAUGAUCUUUUUGGAAAUGGCCAUGGAUUUUCCUCGAUUUACAAUCAUACCAACAAUCAAUCUGAUGAAUAUAUCGAUAACAGUGUCACUCAACAUUCUGCUGAAUCCAAUUCUCAAAAUCAAUCAUUGAGUAGUAGUUAUGAUUCUUAUAGUGAUGGCGAUAGAUUCAAAUAUAAAAAUUAUCUUGACAACAAUGGUAUUCGAAAUCUUACUGAAUUGGUUUCUCAGGAUCAAAUUAUGAAUAGUGACUAUGACUCUUGCAGUGGUGGUGAUCAUAGAUUCACUUCAAUCAAUCACCUUUUCAACAAUAUAACUGAUAAACGACACAGCUUUAUUCGACCUCCACCAGGCUUUAGAAAUAUAGAUACUAAUACUGUUGCUCAAACAAGCCCUGUUGCUCAAAUUCGACCACCACCAGGUUUUGAAAAGAUAGAUCUUACCACUCUUACUACUCGAUCAAAUACUGCCUCUCAAGUUCGACCACCACCAGGUUUUGAAAACGUAGAUCAUACUGCUGUUGAUCGAUCAAGUACUACUGUUAGUCGAUCAAACGUUGCUCGACCAACUGCAGCUGAUCAGAUCACCGCUACUUUUGGCAGAACUCCAAGAAUGAUGUACCAACAUUUGGUUGCAUCUAGAAUCAGCAGUAAUCCACCAACACCAAUUGAUGAGCCACGUGGAAUCACAAAAUACGUGCCUGUAACAAUCGCUGGUGCUUUUGCUGCUUUUCGUAAUUAA